AUGAUGCUCACGGCAUGGUCGUGCUUCACUCAGCUGCAGAUCGACUUCCUUCCUGUCUGGUUAGUCCUUGAUUAUGUCUCCGACUUUCUGUACAUUUUGGACACUGCCAUCAAGUUCCAUACAGGAUACAUGGAACAAGGAAUUCUGAUCACAGACCGUAAACAGAUCUACAUACGUUAUAUGAAAACCUCUCAGUUUGUGACUGAUAUUGUCUCACUCCUUCCUACUGACUUCUUGUACCUGAAAAUAGGGGUCAAUGUUCCAAUUGUUCGUAUCAAUCGCUUUCUUCGUAUAACUAGACAGUUUGAAGCUUUUGACCGUAUUGAGACCAGGACAUCAUAUCCGAAUAUCUUUCGGAUUUGCAAACUCAUGCUGUAUGUUUUCAUUGUAAUCCACUGGAAUGCCUGUUUCUACUUUGCCCUGUCUGAGUAUAUUGGGUUUGGGAAUGAUGAGUGGGUUUAUCCUAGUACCUCUGACCCAGGUUUUGCUACACACAUUCGUAAGUACGUAUUUAGCUUUUACUUUUGCACACUCAUCCUGACCACUGUGGGAGAUGUCCCAGGGCCUGUGAGGGAGGAGGAAUACCUUUUCAUGGUGGUAGAGUUUUUGAUUGCGGUGCUAGUGUUUGCAACUAUCAUGGGAAGUACUAGUUCAGUGAUUAUGAACAUUAACAAUGCCGAUGCUGCCUUCUACCCAAACCAUGACCUGGUCAAAGCCUACAUGAAACAGCAGAAACUGAACAAGCAGCUGGAGAGUCGAGUCAAUGCCUGGUACCAGCAUCUACAUAUCAACAAGAAGAUGACCAAUGAAAACCAGAUUCUUCAGCACCUACCUGACAGACUUAGGGCUGAGGUGGCAGUAAAUGUACACCUGCAGACCCUCAGCAAGGUACAGCUCUUCCAGAACUGUGAGAUUAGUCUCCUGGAACAACUGAUUCUGAAACUAAAGCCCCAGAUCUACAGCCCUGGGGAAUAUGUGUGCAAGAAAGGGGAUGUAGGAAGGGAGAUGUACUUUAUCAAAGAAGGCAAGCUUGCAGUGGUAGGAGAUGAUGGAGUCACUGAAUAUGCCGUUCUUGGAGAAGGGCACUUCUUUGGAGAAAUCAGUAUCCUUAACAUUAAAGGCAGCAAAUCUGGAAACAGGAGAACAGCGAAUAUCAAGAGUAUAGGCUAUUCUGAUUUGUUUUGCCUCUCAAAGGAGGACAUGACCGAUGUGCUCAUUGAAUUUCCAGAUGCAAAAACCAUUAUGGAGGAAAAAGGGAAGCAGAUCCUUCGAAAGAUGAACAUGUUAGAUGAAGAAGCAGCUGCUGCCGCUGAUCAGAGAUGGGAGGAGAUGAAGAAAAACCUGGAAAGGAUGGAAGCAGCAUUGACAACCUUGCAGACAAAGUUUGCCAGAUUAGUGGCAGAACUGGAGUCUAACACAGUGAAGUUGAAAUACCGCCUUCAGAGCCUGGAGAAUGAGACAGAAGGUUGGCUCGUCUCAGAUGAUGAUGAUACUGAUGGAGGAUUUUCAGCGUGAGAGAAUUACCUGCUCAGCAAAUCAUGAGAUAAAGAUCUAUUCGGAAAGCACUUUUGCCCUUUUGCUCCUAAUGUUAUAUCUCUGUCCUUAUGUAUCAACACCCAAAGCAUGGUCUGCAGUAUUCUGAAACAUAUUAUGUAACCUUAU